AUGCCUUACACUCUUCUUGCUAUGGAAAAUCCUUUAUUGGAUAUUCAAUGUAAACCUGCUCAAGAGCUUAUGGAUAAGUAUAAGCUCAAGGCUAACGAUGCUAUCUUGGCUGAUGCUUCUCACCAACCUUUGUACACUGAAAUCGUUGAUAACUAUGAAGUUGCCUAUGUUGCUGGUGGUGCCGCUCAAAACACUGCUCGUGGUGCUCAAUUCUUCUUGCCCCCUAACUCCACUGCUUAUAUGGGCUGUGCCUCUGAUGAUAAGUUUGGUCAAAUCAUGGGUGACGCUGCUAAGGCUGAUGGUUUGUACACCAACUAUGAAAUUACUAAGGAUGCACCUACUGGUACUUGUGCUGUCUUGAUCACUGGUAACAACCGUUCUCUUGUUGCUAACUUGGCUGCUGCUGAAAAGUUCCAAGCUUCUUUCCUUCAAAAGCCUGAAAACUGGAAGCUCGUUGAAGAAGCUCAAUACUUCUAUAUGGGUAGUUUCUUUAUCACUCAUGAUGGUGGUUAUCAAUCUGCCUUGUUGGUUUCUCAACACGCUGCUGAAAACAACAAGACUUUUGCUCUUAACUUGAGUGCUCCUUUCUUGUCUCAAUUCUUCAAGGAACGUCUUGAUUCUAUCAUCAAGAAUACCGAUAUUCUCUUUGGUAACGAAGAUGAAGCUCGCACUUACUCCAAGCAAGCUGGCUGGAACACAGACAAUGUUGAAGAAAUCGCAAAGAAGUUGUCUCAAUUGGAAAAGGGCAACGCUAAGCCUCGUUUGGUGGUGAUUACUCAAGGCGCUGAUGCCACUGUCACUGCUUGUGGUGAAGAAUCUCACGUUUACCCUGUUAUCAAGGUAGAUGCCAGUGAAAUCGUUGAUACCAACGGUGCUGGUGACGGUUUCUGUGGUGGUUUCAUGGGUUUGUAUGCUCAAGGUGUCACUGAUCCUGCUCGUUGUGUUCAAGCUGGUCAUUACCUUGCCAACAUUGUCAUCAAGCGUGUUGGUCCUACCUAUCCUCCUAUGGCUGAAAGAACCAACAUUCCUUCUUUCUAA